UUUAUUAUAUAUAAAGUUUUUUACAAAUUUCAUAUUAAAUUUAUUAAUUAAUAAUGCCACGGCGUUGCUGUGUUCCCACUUGUAAGGGAAAUUGCGACAGCACUUUAAAAGAUAACAAUUAUAUCUCAAUAUUCUUGCUACCUAAAGAUGAGGAAUUACGGAAAAAAUGGAUAGCUGCUAUUCCUCGUAAAAAUUAGACACCAACAAAAUAUUCUGCAGUAUGCAGUCUGCAUUUUGCAGAAACUGAUAUUGAAAGGUAUCAGAGUAUUUUAUCUCCAUCUGGUGUACUGGAAAAUGUUUUGUUGAGGUGUCCAAGGCUUAUUGCGGAUGCAGUGCCUUCCAUUUUUCCUAAUUUACCUUCAUAUCUUACAAAACAUGUGCUACCACAGAGGAAAGAUCCUGCAGAGCGUCAGGAAAGAAUUAUUAACAAUAAUGACAAUUUAGUUAAACAAUUUAUUGAAUUUGAUUUAAUUAAUAACUUUACAGGCUUAAUGAAUACUUAUAAAGUAAAACUUAUUAUUGCUAAUUGUUGGAACGUUAAAGUUACCAAUUCAAAAAUUUAUUUUUAUAUGCUUGUAAAUAAUGAUUCUGAUUUUUUGACAGUUUCAACACAGAUCGUGAUUGCUGAUGACAUGACAUUAGAAAUUUGUGAUAUAUCCUAUCUUUUACCAGGAAAAUUUACUACAGAAAAAUUAGAAAAACGAUUUGGAAAUUACCGACUUCUAUCCGGUUGUAAUUAUCAUAUUUCAUAUAAUGAAGCACUUCAUGCAGAGAAAAAAAUUAGAUUA